AUGGCUUCCAAGAUACAAAUAUUACCAAUCCUAGGCGUGUUGGCCAUGUUACUUCUGAUCUCCUCGGAGGUGUUAGCCACUGGAUUACAUGGUGUUGGUGUUGGUAUUGGUGGUGGAUUACCUGGUGUUGGUGUUAGCGCUGGAUUACCUGGUGUUGGUGCUGGAUUACAUGGUGUUGGUGGCGCUGGAUUACCUGGUGUUGGUGCUGGAUUACAUGGUGUUGGUGGCGCUGGAUUACCUGGUGUUGGCGCUGGAUUAUCUGCCAACGCUGGAUUAUCUGGUGCUGGUGGCGCUGGAUUACCUGGUGUUGGCGCUGGUGCUGGUGGCGGCCGUCGUGGUCGUGCUGGCUCCCCUUCUUAUCAUGCAAGUUCCCCUAGUGGUGGUGACAGCUCCCCUUCUUAUUCUUAUCAUGCAAGUUCCCCGAGUGGUGGUGUCGACUACUAUGGUUGA